AUGAGUAGCCCCCUUGAGACCAAUGUCAAACUUCUAGCCACGGAUGGUGAGCCUUUUUCAGAUGCUACUCUCCACAGGCAGCUAGUGGGUAGUCUAAUUUAUCUUACUGUUACACGGCCUGAUAUUGCCUAUGUUGUUCAUCUGGUGAGUCAAUAUAUGAGUGCACCUCGAUCUACUCAUUAUAUUGUUGUUCUUCACAUUUUGAGCUAUGUCAAGAGCACUAUGUUUCAUGGCUUUCACUUCUCUUUUCAUUCAUCUCUUGAGCUCCAGGACUACUCUAAUGCUGAUUGGGCUGGUGAUCCUACUGAUCGCCGCUCUACCACUGGAUAUUGUUUCUUACUUGGAACUUCUUUAAUUUCAUGGCACAGUAAGAAACAAUCUGCUGUUGCUCGAUCUAGUAGUGAAGCUGAGUAUCAUGCUCUUGCUGACACUACAUCUGAACUUCUCAGGUUACGAUGGCUUUUUUCCGACAUGGGUGUUUCUCAGUCCACUAAUUCUCCUAUUUAUUGUGACAAUCGAAGUGCCAUACAGAUUGUUCAUAAUGAUGUUUUCCAUGAGCGCACAAAACAUAUCGAGAUUGAUUGUCAUUUCAUCCGCCAUCAUCUUCAACAUGGUAUUUUACAUCUUCAUUCCGUCAUCUCUACAGAUCAAUUGGCAGACAUUUUUACCAAAUCUCAUCCACCGGGACUACUCAAUGAUCUUAUCUCCAAACUCAAGUUGGCUUCGCUCCAUAGAGUUUGA